GGGGCCGGCCGUCAGCUGACUGUGGCGGCGGCGGCCUUGCGGGGUAGUAUAUAGAUCGCGGUUCCGCGCGGAGCGUCGGCGGCGCGUCACCUCUCGGAGGGCGAGGCCUGAGGCCGGCCAGACCAUGGCGACCACCGUCAGCACGCAGCGCGGGCCGGCCUGCGCUUGACCUUCUCUUUUUCGGGUACAGUUGUGGACCCGCACUGUUGGAGUCUGGACCAUCGCCCGUGUCCCCGUGAGCGCUGCUCUGGAUUCUCAGGGUGUACAUCGGAGAGCUGCCUCAGGACUUCCUGCGCAUCACGCCCACGCAGCAGCAGCAGCAGAUCCAGCUGGACGCACAGGCUGCGCAGCAGCUGCAGUACGGAGGGGCACUGGGCACUGUGGGCCGCCUCAGCAUCACUGUGGUGCAGGCCAAGUUGGCAAAGAACUACGGCAUGACCCGCAUGGAUCCGUACUGCCGACUGCGCCUGGGCUAUGCAGUGUACGAGACGCCCACAGCCCACAAUGGCGCCAAGAACCCGCGCUGGAAUAAGGUCAUCCAGUGCACGGUGCCCCCGGGCGUGGACUCCUUCUACCUGGAGAUCUUUGACGAGCGAGCCUUCUCCAUGGACGACCGCAUUGCCUGGACGCACGUGACAAUCCCCGAGGCGCUGAGGCAGGGCAAGGUCGUGGAUGAAUGGUACAGCCUGAGCGGGCGGCAGGGCGACGACAAGGAGGGCAUGAUCAACCUGGUCCUGUCGUACACGUCGCUGCCGGCUGCCAUGAUGAUGCCACCUCAGCCCGUGGUCCUGAUGCCCACUGUGUACCAGCAGGGCGUCGGCUACGUGCCCAUCACAGGGAUGCCCGCCGUGUGCAGCCCCGGCAUGGUGCCCGUGGCCCUGCCCCCAGCCGUGAGCGCCCAGCCCCGCUGCAGUGAGGAGGACCUGAAGGCCAUCCAGGACAUGUUCCCCAACAUGGACCGGGAGGUGAUCCGCUCUGUGCUGGAGGCCCAGCGGGGCAGCAAGGAUGCGGCCAUCAACUCCCUGCUGCAGAUGGGCGAGGAGUCCUAGAUGUGCCCCGCCGCCAGCCCUCCUGCCUGCCUGCCUGCCCGCCCAGCUCCCAGGAGCACCGUCCCCAGCAGAUCCCCGUGACCGCGCCCUGCAUAGCCCCUUCCUCGGACGUCUGUGUAGCCCAGUCCACACCCUUGUUCAGGAUGCAUGUGGUUUUCGGUUCCUGCAGCCGUUCUCGACGUGGUCGGGGUGGGUGGGGGCCUCUCCCGCAUUGGUCGGAGGGCCGUGUCCCGUGUGCGCGCCCGCCUUCCCGCCAUCCCGGGAGGCUCUCCUGGGAACAGCUGCCCCCACCAGGGCCUUUGUGCCGAGCCUCCUCUGGUUUGAUUGGUGGCCUGCGGUGACGCGACCUGAUCGGGUAGGCCCAUUAACGCAAGGCACACAGAACCCACUGACCGCGGGUUUGGGGUCCCUUAGAAGUUUCAGCUGAAAACUUAUCUCCUCCCCUUGGUGGUGUUCGUGGGCUGCUUACCACCGUCCAGCCUCGGCUGCGGAGCCCAGCCUGAGUGCAGAGCAGCCGGGUCUGGGCGUGGUGUCGGGAGCCCUGGCCUGAGCCCAGGGCCCUGCGUCUCUCCUGCCUCGCCUGCCUCUGUGUGACGUUGUCCCGAAGGGUCGCCGCUCCCCCCCCGGGACGCCCUCUGGCAACAGAACUAAAACUGGGGCUGUAAGAAACAGAUCCAGUCUUUGUAUUUGCUUAUUAUUAAAGGGCAUUUAGGAACUCCUGGCUUACUACCGAUGUUAAUUUAGGGAAACUGGGUCGGGCCCAGUCCUGUGGAUCAGUUUGGGUGACAGAGAGGGCAGCCUGGUGACCGUCAGUGCUGGCAGGUCUUCCCAAGAGGCAGGAGGCGCCCUGCCGUGUGGAUGGCGCCCUGGCCCUGGCUCCGGCCGCAGACAGAGAGGACGGGGACAGGCUGGGUGAUGCCCUGUGGAAAUCAGAAAUCUGAUUGGUGUCUCCGAAGUGACGCACUGUGCUGUGAUCACUGCGGUCCGUGGUCCGCCGCGGUCACCGCUCUGUCUUUGGAGUCGUUGCCCACCUUUGGACACAGAGGUGGAUCCCAGCUAUGUGGACACCCGUGGAAGGUCAGCCCGAGGAAGGUAGGAGGACUCAGGCUCCAGUCCUUCCCUCCAUGUAGGUUAAGUGUGGUGCCGCUUUCUGUCUCCCCCGGGCGUGCCUGGUGGCCGCGGGUCGGGGAGACCUGCGUUGGUUGGUGGGUUCGGACCACUUGUGCCUUGGCCGCAGGCUCUUCUCAGAUGCUUGAGAGCGAUGGUUCCUCGGCUGCAGCCCUCGACUGUUGGGCGGUGACCUGACCACACUCAGCACAGCUCCACACAGGCCGGGCCCCCAGCCCCAGGUGACCCCACGCUGCCCCAGCCGCCCCGCCCGGGCCUCCGUUCGUGGGAGUCUUAGCUUCAGGGCGGCUCCAGACCUGCCAGCUCUCACGGUCCUUUUUCAUGGCUGCUGCUGCUUUACUAGGUCAGAGGAAGGUCGUGCCUUGUGAGGCCUUUGUUCAGGCAGACGCUCUUCCUGCCUCAGCUUCGCCUUCCUGUCCGCGCUCGCCAUCCAGGCGGCCCCGGGCGGCGGGGGGUGCUGUCUGGCUCGGGCGCCCGUGGCUGCUGGGCCCGGGGCCGGGGCACCGUGCAGCUGGCUGCUGCUCUGUGCUGGUGAGGAGAGAGGCGUUUCCAGCAGGCCUGCCCUCCCUCCCGUUCCAGGCGCCCUGCCGGGUGUUGGCAGAAACGGUCCUCAGAGCUUGGCGUUUCUGAUCAUUCUGUUGGGGUCCAGGGUCCAGAUUCCUCCUUGAUUGUAAGAUACGUUUUUACUUUUCAGCCUUCUAAUUUAAUAAAUGGUCUGUGUAAAAUAGAGAA